UCGCUUUCCAUCCUCUCGAACACUACACUUCAAGAUGGCACCUGCUCUUCGCGCAAUCGCGCUUGCAUUACGAGCCGCCUCGUCGACGUGCCCAUCAUCACCUACCUGUCCUCAGGACGACCAAUGCUCGCUCACCUCGAAUGGUGCCACUCUUCAAGUCAGCUGUGCGACUGACUACUAUGGUGGAGAUUUGCAAUUGGCACAGACAUCUAGCUUAGCAAGCUGCAUUCGGGUAUGCUCCACGACCACGGGAUGCAAUGCGGCAAGCUACGUGGAUGGUAACUGCUACCUCAAAAGCACGCUCAAUGCGGCUCAGCCCAAUUCCAACGUGGUCGGGAUAGCUGUGAUCUCGAGAGAUGCCCCAACAACGCCUAAUCCAGCGCCGGAUGCUCCCCAAGUGUGCCCUACUAGUUUUACUUGCCCGGAAAACAAUGGCUGCUCGUACACUGAUGGCUCACGCACCCUGACACUUGCUUGCGGAGUUGACUUCUACGGAGGUGAUUUCACCAACCAGUACGCAGCAAGUCUCGAGGCUUGCACACAAGCUUGCGCAGGUGAUGCACAGUGCGUGGCCGCCUCGUUCGUUGGCGGCAAACGUGAUGGUACUUGCUAUCUGAAAAACACAAAGAACAGCGGUUCUGCAAAUGACGGUGUUGAUGCUGUCUACGUUGUCUCCAACACCGUGCAACCAAGCAGUUCAACAUCGAGUUCGACCCCGUCGCCUUCCUCUACUGUUGAAUCGACGACUACCUCCUCUUCCACUAGCACAGAUGUUGUUAUCAGCUCUACCUCGAUUUCGUCCAGUACCUCGACCAGCACCUCGACCCCUACCCCUACACCUACACCCACACCCACACCCACACCUACCCCAACCCCAACGCCUGAGCCACAACCUACCUGUGGCGUCAACGGUGUUAUAAGGUCGGGAGUGACCUACACCAACAUUGUUCAGCAGACCCCGGCCUCUUGCAGGACCAGGUGUCAGAACUACAAUCUCGCAGGCCGUAGCUGUCGUGUCUAUGGUUUCAACUCAGCAAGCAAUCUUUGCACGCUAGCAUUGGGAUUUCCUGGACCAACUUUCGAGCAGGCUUUUACUCCUCGGCAGAAUGGGCCGUAUGUCUGGUACGCUGUGGAAUGCCCGGUAUGAUCAGAGUGUUUUGAUGUACUUAGUGUGCGAUGGUAUAAUUUAAUACUAUAAGCUGGAAGCGUUUCCAUAUAUUGAGUUCAGAUCUUAUCUGAUAUGUCGUUCAUACUUUCUCUCUCCCAAUAAGUCAAUCGCUUGGUUUUCGACUACAUGCCUCUCUUUCAAG